AUGGUGGUGGUGGUGGCGGUGGCGGUGGCGGUGGUGGUGGUGACGGUGGAGGAGGUGGUGGCGGUGGUGGCGGUGAUUGUGGUGGAGGUGGUGACGGUGGAGGAGGUGGUGACGGUGGUGGUGGUGAUGGUGGUGGUGGUCGUGGCGACGGUUGCGGUGAUGGCGACGGUGGCGGCGCGGACCGGGGCAACGGAGAAGGCGAGGGUAUGGCUGGGCGAGAUGACGAUAGCGGUGGUGACUUGCUUUGUGGACUUGGCGGCUGCCUCGAAGGCGGUGGUGUCCCUGAUGCUGGCUUUGGUUGGGGUGGCAGCUGGCUCAGUGAUGAUGACCAAGGCGGUGGCGACCACGGCAGCGGUGGUGGUGGUGGUGGUGGUUGCGGUUGCGGCUGCGGUGGUGGUGAUGGAGAAGGUGACGCGGUUUGGGGGAGUGGUCGCGGUGGUGAUGGUGAUGGUGAUGGUGGCGAUGGUGGUGAUGGUAGUGGUGGUGAUGGCGGUGGUGGUGGUGAUGUUGGGAGUGGUGGCGUUCUCGAUGAGGGUAGCGGUGGAGAUGGAGAUGAAGAUGGAGAUGAAGAUGGAGAUGAAGAUGGAGAUGGGGUUGUUGAAUUCUGUGGCGACUGUCCUGAAGCAAGUACAGUCGUGA